AUGGUCUGCCGUGCAUGGCGCAAUGUUAUCCGUGCAACACCCCAAAUGUGGACCUCUAUCGCCGUCAACAUGGAGCGAAGCGACACGGGUUACCCUGAAUUCAUAAACUCCCAGUUUCUACGGUCUGGGGGAUUACCACUAUUGGUCGAAGUUUUCUCAUAUCCACCGCCCUAUAGAUCCCUUGAGAAUCCGCCUGUCAUGCGUCUCUUCAAGAUUGUCAAUGCUCAUUCCAACAGAUGGAACUGUUUGGAGACAUGCCUCCACCCGGGCAUUCUACAGUACCUGCAUGGAAAUCCUGAAACACAUACCUCGCUGUUGGAACACAUACUCGUCAAACGAUACGGCUCCAGCUCCGCAUAUCACGUACAAGAUGAGUUCGGCAUGCUGAAUUCGAACCCCAGCCCUACUACUGUGCACCUUGGUGAUCUGUCAUUCGGUUCGAUCAGGAUCUCAUGGCACCGUGUUACUCACGUGGAAAUAUCGUCCUUAAGCUUCGACCUCGACUCCUACCUGGCGCUGUUUGCCAGUGCCCAGGUGAUGACCCACCUCACCGUCCAGAAACUUUGGUUUCCUCACGAUGCGUUAACCUCGACACCCGUGGUACCUAUCGAGCACACCACCCUCCGAGCACUCAAGAUCUAUGAAUGCGGGCUUGCACUAAACCCUCUCCUCCGUGCUCUCAAAUUGCCGUGUCUGGAAGAAAUAUUCAUCGACUACGAUUAUUUUGCCCCCCUCACCGACCUCAUCACUCGCUCUAAUUGUCAUCUGAAGCGUCUGACGUUAGCGAUGUCUAGGAAUAGCAACAUGCCCGAGGACACCAAGAUCGACCUACUACGCUUGCUAGAGCAUACGCCCUCAUUAGUCGCAUUGAUGAUCCAGGAUUUUCGCCACACUAAUCUGCUAGUUGACUGCCUGGAGCCGCAUAGUCAAGGAGGGAGUCCCACUUUCCCAGAUGCCUUCACUCAUGAACCAGAACUUCUGCCCCUUCUCCAUACCCUCGUCAUUCGCAUGUCUCAUGGCCUUGAGUGGCACUCUACUUGCAUUCCUAACUGGGUUCCGGCUCCAGUCGUCGAGCUCUGA